GUACCUGUUAGUGGAGCAGAUGGUGUAGACAGGCCAUUUCCAAACAAGCCUGUUAGCCACAGAAGACCUCUCAAUCCCAGGACACAAGACUCACUUGAUCUGUAUGAUUUUGAGAAAAUCACUAUUACAAAACAACCAAGAGGCACGUUGCCGCCCCAAGAACAUCAUUCAAAUGGCAUUAGAGAAACCAAUGGAUCCCAGCAUCCAAGAAAAGACUCAGACAAACUUCCCAGAGGAGAACUGCAGAUGGCCAGAGCAAUUCAUGCAAAAGAGCUCAUUCUACAGGAGAAGCUGUGGAGGGUUGAGGAAAAAAUAAGGCAAAAAAUCAGCAGAGACUAUAUUGAAGCUGCUGCAGGUGAGGAGGAGAGGCACAACAGAGCAGAGAGGGAGAAAGCGCAGACAAAAACCAGGCUGUUUGAGCAGCAGAGGAGAGACCCAGUGAGAAGCAGAGAAAUGAUGAUGCAAGAAAGAAGACAGGAGGAUGUUAAACAACUUAGGAAGAGGCAAGAUCAGAGGAAUGAGAACAGAAUGAGGAAUACACAUGAAGAAGAGGGGGCCAGAUGGAAAAGAGGGGAAAUAGAAUUUGCACAGUUGCAAAGAAAAGGACAUAAAGGAAGUCAUGAAAUCACAGUUCAUGAGCAAGAAGUGAGUGGAGAGCUGAACAAAUCGAGGUGGGAAAAUGUGAAAGAGCAUACCAGAAGAAAAGGAGGGAAUGAAAAAGAUAAUGGCAUUUGGGGAGAGACAGGUGUGACAUCACAGGAAGGACCAAGGAAAGCAAAAGAAAGAGUCCAAAAUACAACCUCUAUGGGUAAUAAAGGUUGGACAAGAGAAAAGAAAUAUAAGGAGAGGACAUGUAAGGAGAUGUGCGGUUCAGACUAUGAACAAGACAUGCCUCAAAUGAGUCAACAGAAAACUUCUCAUAGAGCUGCAGCAGAAAACCACAGAGGUGCAGGAAGAAAACUGUCUGGGGAAACACUGCUUCCACCAGUUUCUAGUCAUUCCAGCAGACCAGAGCAGGGGGAGCUCAGACUUAUAGAUAGCACAGACACUGGCCUCCAGCUUCUCCCUUGCAGAAUCUGCAAUAGAAAGUUUGCAAGUGAAAGAUUAGAGAAGCAUGUCCAAAUCUGUAAAAAGGUGAAACAAUCACAUCGUCAAGUCUUCAACUCCUACAUCAAUAGGACCAAGGGAUCCGCCAUUGAGGAGUUCUGGAAAACCCACAGCAGAACCAAGACUCCAGAGGUUUUAAAGAAAAAUAACCUAAGACAGAACCACAAGGCCAGCACAAGGACUCUGCAUGAGGGUCGACUCCCAGCUGGAAACUCACAGUCAAAAUGGUCCAAGUAAGCUGACCCGAAUGGACCCAGAAACAUUUGGCACUGAACCAGUUUAACAAGAAAUCCUCUGGUGUCAGCACAUCAAGUCACCCAUCACCAUCUCGUUAUUGUCAGUAGUCUCUGAAUUGUUUGAUUUAAUCCCUUAUUAGAAUGUUGUUAAAGAUUUCUUGUCUA